AUGUGGUGGCCAGGAGGUCUCGUAAACGGUGACUUCAAUGGACCAGUUGACACCACAGUUAAAGAGACUGAUGAUGUACUGCUCAAAUGCGGCUCACAGUCUGGUGCGGCAAUCACCUUCGGGGUAUGGAUAGAUGAAGAUGGCGUUUUUGCCUCAGAAGAAACCUUGGUAAAAACUACUGGCAAAUAUUCAAACUUUGAGCUUGUUGCUGAUUUUGCGACUGGUCAGUUAGAUCUACGCAUCAACAAUGUUGAGUAUGAAGAUCAAGGGACAUAUACAUGCCAGAUUGGUGGAGAUCCUGCUAAACCAGGGAUAUUGACAGUAGAAGCUCAAGUAACAAAUGUGACAAUCACAGUAAAUGGAUCAUCUAGUUCACCCGUUGAUGUGAUGGCUGGCGAGGAACAAACGCUUGUCUGUACAGCCGUUGGUGCCAGACCACGUGUAGGAAUAGACUGGACCAUUGAUGGGACCAGUCGUUCUGGUGAUACUGAGACAGAAAGUGUCAAUGGAGAUACAACCGAUACUAUUAGCACUCUCCUAUACACUCCAACUAGGAACGAUAAUGGUCAUCAGUUUAGAUGUGAAACAACAGGACAGGAAGCUGCAACACCUCAAUCACAAUCAGUCACCCUCAAUGUGCAGU